AUGUCCGCACCCGCCCCAUCCGCGCCCGCGACACCCGCUCAAGCUCGCUCAGAGGACGUCUUGUCUGCGAAGACGGACCUCUGCCUCUCGAACGCGCUCGUCAAAGCCGGCACAGGUCUAGCCGUCGGAAUCGUCGCCAGCGCCGUCCUCUUCCGCCGUCGCCCCUGGCCGGUCUUCCUUGGACUUGGAUUCGGCUUUGGACAGGGUUACUCAGACUGCGAGAGGGUUUUCAACCCUGCUGCGGUACCGGGGUUCAAGAUUCAGGGCGUUAAGGAGGCCUCGCCGUUCCAGCUCUCGUCACCCUUCGCGUCCGUCGUCUCGCCCUCGCAAACGUCUGCCGUCCCUCCCGCGCCCGCUCCUUCCCCUCCCUCUGCCUCCCCCUCCCCCGCCUCGUCCGCUGCGUCGCACAUCUCGGACAAGGUCUCUCACAUCGUCCACGACGCCAAGAGCAAGGCGUCUGAUGUUGCGGCUGCUGCGCAGCAGAAGGCGAGCGAGGUGAGGGAGGUUAUUGGGGACAAGGUCGACAGGGCCGAGAAGAAGGCCGAGGGCAAGGUUGAUGCGCUCAAGGGUGACAAGAAGUGGGUGUGA